UGAUUGGAGAGCUCGGUGCUGCGCUAACGUAAAUGGAGAUUAGUUAAUGCGAGCCUUGAAUCCUUUACAGUCUGAUUCUCACAUCGAUAAAUAGUUUCUUAUCUGUAGUAUGUGUUGAUUUUCCAGUCGUAAACAGCAGUCAUGGUAGAGCCAACGGCACACUCAUUUCCGUCCCUGAAAGAGGAGCUGGAAUACUGGAAAGAACAAGCACACAAACACCAGCAAAGGGCGGAUGAGGCUCAGGAAGAGCUGCAGGAAUUCCAGCAGAUGAGUCGAGACUAUGAGGCAGAGCUGGAAACGGAGUUAAAGCAGUGUGAAGGUCGGAACAAAGAACUGCUGCUGGAUAAUAACAGGCUCCGUAUGGAACUAGAAAGCAUAAAGGAGAAAUUCGACGCCCAGCAUUCAGAGGCCUUCAGGCACAUCUCAACACUGGAGGACGAUCUGGCCGAGACCAAGGCGGUCAGAGACCAUCUGCAGAAAUAUAUCAGGGAGCUAGAACAGUCCAAUGAUGACCUAGAGAGGACUAAAAGGGCUACCAUCAUGUCUCUGGAGGACUUCGAGCAGCGCAUGAACCAUGUCAUCGAGAGGAACGCUUUUCUGGAAAGCGAGCUGGACGAGAAGGAGAACCUGCUGGAGUCUGUUCAGAGACUUAAGGAUGAAGCCAGAGACCUCCGCCAGGAGCUGGCUGUCCGUCAGAAGGAGAGACGGCCGUCCAGCAGUCUGGGCAAAGACUCAGACCGCUCAGAAAUGCGGUGCUCCUCUCCACCCAAUCUGUCCAUCCCCAUCACGCCCUCCAAACCUGUGGGCUCGUACAUGACGCCCCCUGCCUCCAGCAUCCGCAGGGGAGACGGUCUAACAGGAACCCCUCUGACUACAUCUGCUAGAAUAUCUGCACUGAACAUUGUCGGGGAGCUGCUGAGAAAAGUUGGGAAUUUGGAGUCGAAGCUUGCAUCCUGUCGAGACUUUGUCUACGAGACGUCCUCCAACAGACCGGCGCUCCCCGUCGGCCCCUGCAGUCCUUCAGGUUUAGACGCAGGUCCUGAGGUCCAGGCCAGCAGCUUCAGCCCUCCUCCUCAGUACGACAGUCUGGUGAAGCGGUUAGAGUUCGGACCGGCUCCUCCCAGAGUGGUAUCCCACAGUCCCCAGUCUCCACAGGGAGGGGUCAAGAUCCUGCUGUAACAUGGUUCUACAGAACCCUGUACUCUGAGCUUGGCUUGUCUGCCCUAGUUGAACAGAGAGAGCUCCGUUCUCAGAUUAGGAGAAAGCAGAGCUACUCCGCCCAUCAACUGAUGGACUCCUGCUGCCUUAGGCUCAACAUAUAACCACAGAAAGCUGCUCCACGUUCUUAACGAGCCCACCGCUCAUCUCUUCCACUCUAUCUACGCUGCAGUCUGCGUCGACGCUUUCUGUGAUGGAUCAAAGCACACCUGACUCUGACUUAGUGAAGCCGCUGCGCCUGCCUGUAUCAAUAUAUCGAUCGCGACCUAUGCGGGGGGAAAAAGCGACGGCAAUUACAGCCGUCUGGGAGAUGAGCCUGGAACAGGGACCAAGAACCUGACCUUGGAUUUUAGCUAAUGUGUUUCUGACCAAACUGAAGCUGUGAUUAAACAUAAAUGGAUAUAAAUCCAUUGGGUUGGGUUUUUAUUUUUUAAAAUAAGUUAAAAUAUCUAUCCUUCAUAUUUAAUCUGGUUUAUCCCAACCUGCUUCCAUUUCAUACCCAUAAAACCAUUAGUGUAUCACUUUUUUUAUUAAAUUAAACACAAGUAGUCACUUAAACGCUCAAAUGACAUGGGUUUUUUUUUUGAAGACCUUAGAUUGCACCCUCUAUUGAUUUGUGAUCACAAAUCAAUGGAAUCAAAAAGCCCCAGAGUAACCUCCUUCCAGUAGAUUAUAAUUACUGCGUCACACAGCCUUUCAGCAGAUGAUAGCAUCUACCAUUGAUAUUGUGACGUUAAUGACCAAAAAAUAUGAAAAGGUCAUUGAAAGCAGAAAUUGUAUUAUAAAAUAAUUUUAUUUUGAUGCAUUUCUUUUAAAUUUUGUCUGCCACUGUUUUCAGUAAAAUGUAAGGCAAUAAUUGAGAGGAUGUCUGACGCGCUCACAGGCAACAACAAUUCAUGAUAUUGACUCAAGACUUCAAGGUAUGAUAUAAAUAUAUUUACUACAGUUCUGUUGGCUGGAAAUUUUCCUAACAAGAGAAUUUUUUUUUAAACUAGGGAGAAGUGUAUGCAGCUCUUUUCAGCCAGCUGGUUGGCAGUACUUCUAACACUUAGCCGCCCCCCACAAACAUUUAACCCUUUACUGCCCAGAUUUAUUUGCAAAUAUAUAAAGGCACAAAUUGUUUUGCAGUCAAGCAGAUGUUUAUCAGGUGUGAUGAAUUCAAGAGAUAUAAAUGUAGGCAUCUAGUCUGAAAACUAGCAGAAUUUGGUAGAAUUUGUUAAAGUGGCUUCAAUGAGCGUUGAAUGAGCAUCGACAGGCAGCAGUGGAAUAUUAUUUCCAACAUUGCUAGAUGCAGUUUGAAGCAGCUGCAAUAGUCUAUAAGGUGGUGGCGCUUAGUAUGGAUCAGUUUCUAUUAAGGUCUGCAAAGGUUUUAAAAACGUGUUAUAAGAAUGCAUAAAUCUUUUUUCAUUGUUCCUGUGGUUUAAAAUCCCUUUAAUCGCACGUCUGAGAAAGUGAGUAUUUUUCCCCCCCAUCUGUAACAGUGCCCCUUCUCCAACUAUUGCUGCACAUUGCUGGUCAGGAUGCUGAAAAAAAGGCAUGUGUUUUUCUCAUACUUCCAGAAAAGACCAAUUUGACUGGUAUUUUUUCCAAACAGCCAAAAAUAAAAACAUAAGGAUAUUAAGUAUAAUUCAUAAUCACUGUCGGUAAUGUCAACUUCUUCCUGUCAGUGUGCCGACUCCUUUCAUUACUUUGUCUUUUAAUGUGAGAAAAAAAAUUGAGCUUCUGACAGAUGCAAUUGAUCAUCUUGCAGAUUUAUGCAUUUCUGCAAAAUCUAUGCUGUUACAGAUUUUCAGGCAAUUCUAGCGUUUAACUUGGCACCCAUGCACUUCUGAAUGUACAGAUCUUUUGAGCAUUGAGAGUUACAGUAUGUUUAGGGGGAGAAAAAAAGUACAGUAUUUUAAGUUUUAAGAUGAACACGGUUUAUGAGAUUGUGUUAUGUAAAGCAAAUAUUUGACAUUGUAUUUUUAAUGGGACAGUGUACAAGGAAACUUGCCUGUAAACUGAAAAAUCUUGGUUUUCGAUCUCAUCUCAUGUUUGUUCAUACGUUGCUUUUUGUAUGCGUCUUUUUGUUUAAUAAAGGAGGCAGAUCUGAUUGGGAUUUAAGCUGCAACAAAACUAUAGAUCACAAGUGUCAAACUCCAGUCCUCGAGGGCUGCUGUCCUGCAACUUUUAGAUAUGCCUCUGCUGCACCACACCUGA